UGGCUCUUUUGCCUGCUAGUGUGCAUAUUUUUUUUCUUUCUUUAUUUCCCGCUUUUUAAAUCCUAUUUUUCUCAUGUUUUUUUUCAACCCACCACCGUCUCUGGCUUCAAUCUGCUAGUCAAAUUUGUUCUGUUUGUUCCUUUUCAAACGUAUAAUCUUUUUUUUUUUUUAUGCUCACAGUGGCAUUAGUUCACUGGAAACAAUGAAACCCAGAUCGGCUCCCAACAAUGGCACCCAUAAUAAGAACAAACUAGCAAGAACAUUCCAAAGGGUCAUCAACUUAAGAACCGCUUCGAAAAUCGCUUCAACCAAUGGGGUCGGAAUCGGAACUUAUUCCCAUGGCGACGACGUUAAGCGAAAAGCUGGUUUAAAAGCUCUAAUAGCCAUGGUUUUCGCUAGUGUUACUUCCAUCAAAGCAGCUUACGCCGAGCUGCAAAUGGCUCAACAUCCUUACGACGGUGAAGCUAUCCAAGUUGCCGACCAAGCUGUCGUGGAACAACUCAAGGUUCUGUCAGAGUUGAAACACAAGUUCUUAAAACAAGACCUUGAUCUUUCACCUCAAGUUACUUUAAUGCUUGCUGAGAUCCAAGAACAACAAAGCAUGAUGCGAACUUACGAUAUCACAAUCAAGAAUCUAGAAUCUGAUAUCGAAGAAAAAGAUUCAGCCAUUGAUUUACACCAUAAACAGCUCGAACAUUGCAUUGCUUUCAACAAAUCCAUGGAGAAGAAGCUAAACGAGACCGGGCCAUUGUUUAUGUUUGAUAAUAUCCAGUUCACAACGUUGAAUCCAAGUCACUUCAUUCAAGUUUUACACUGUGCUUUGAAAUCUGUCCGUAGUUUCGUGAGGUUGAUGAUGAAGGAAAUGGAGUUAGCAAAAUGGGAUAUUGUUGCAGCUACUAAAGCCAUUGAACCUUCAGCCAUGCUUGCUAAACAAAGCCAUGCCUGCUUUCUGUUUGAAUCUUUUGUGUGUAAAACAAUGUUACAGGGCUUCGAUUCUCAUGAUUUUAGUGGCUUAAAAAGUCUCCACCGUGAGCAGUAUUUCAAUGCAUUCAAAACCCUGAAAUCUGCUAACCCGAAAUCGUUUUUAGUUCAAAACCCGAAAUCUGGUUUUGCUAAGUUCAUCAGAGACAAGUACCUUAAACUUGUUCAUCCCAAAAUGGAAUGUUCAUUUUUUGGGAACUUGAACCAACGUAAAAUGGUUAUCUCCGGUGGGUUUUCCGAUACGGCUUUUUUCAUGGCUUUUACAGAGAUGGGUCGGCGAUUUUGGCUCUUACAUUGCUUGGGGUUGUCGAUGAGUGACCAAGUUUCAGUCUUUCAGGUAAUGAAAGGUUACAGAUUCUCCGAGGUUUACAUGGAAAACGUUAGCGAAGAAUCACUUUUCAUCGAUGAAAUCGUCGACGGUGCCGAUGUUGAUUUUAGAGUCGGUUUCACGGUGGUUCCCGGGUUCAAGAUCGGUAAAACUGUGAUACAAAGCCAAGUUUACUUGUCUCCGGUGAUUAAUCCGAAUGGUACUUCAUUAUUAGAUGGAAACACGUUGAGAUGAUGUUAUUCACGCUCGAACUGGUACACGCGCCGCUCUGGUAAGGGGAGCUAAGUGCUAUUUUCAAGUGGGGUUUAACUUUAGUUUUCCACUUGAGAAGUGCAGUUAUCUCCCAUGUAUCGGGAAGACAAAGCGGACCGUGGGGUGGCGCGUGAGAUUUGAUCCACACCCAUGUGGGACCCAAGGAGAAAAUGGAGGAGCAGCUAGGUUUUGGCGUUACAGGGAAACAGGGGAAGAGGGGUUUUUAUUUUUUCUUUCAAGCUAAAAAUUAGUCUUAUUUUUAUAUUUAUAUAUAUAUAUAAACCCUUACUGUUAAUAUAGUUUAUAUUAUUGUAGUAGCGGUAGUGGGAUGCGACUCUUGUAAUGUUAACAUGUCCCCCCAAAAAUAUCAAAUUCAACUACUGCAAGUUGCAUUUAUAUAAAUAUUUUUAAAGCUUAAA